AUCCUCCUGCUAAUGAGGUUGUGAUGGAGAACACCUGAGUCUCACCCAGCCACCAUGUUUGCUGGACGCCAUCUAGUGGAGGAGGAAGAACAUUACCACACAGAAGAACAAAGUCUCCCAGACCCUGACAAAUAGUAAAAGGUUUCAGACUCCAGGAUGGUCAUGAACAACAAGUCAGGGGAAAUCUACACCUUCAACAGCUUCACGCUGCAGCUGGAGAGUUUAAACGUCUCAGAGGAGUCUAGAUACGCUGUGUUUCUUUUUAUUAUUCUCUCCUAUCUGUUUAUUAUUGUUGCCAAUGUUGGGGUUGCUGUUUUGGUUUUUGUUGAUAGGAGCCUUCAUCAGCCCAUGUACCUCCUGUUUUGUAAUUUAUCAGCAAACGAUGUUUUAGGGAACUCUGUUGUGCUUCCUCGCUUGCUUCUGGACAUCCUGAGGCCUCCCUCUGAACGCCUCAUCGGCUAUUAUGAGUGUGUCCUACAGGCUUUCAUCAUACACAUGUUUAACACAACUUCCCACACCGUGCUUAUGAUCAUGGCCUUUGACAGAUACGUUGCCAUCGGUAAUCCUCUGCGUUACUCUGCAAUAAUGAGCAAUAAGAUGCUGCUGAAGCUGACAGCCGGUGCCUGGGGAGCGGCUUUUGUUCUGGUCGGGAUUCUGCUGGGUCUGACCGUGCGGCUGAGCCGUUGUAGGACUUUUAUGCAAAGCCUGUACUGUAACAACGCUGCAUUGUUUCUGCUCUCAUGUGAGAACAUUUUUGUUAAUAACGUCUAUGGCCUCACGUUCACUGUGGUCCUCUUUACAGCAUCAAUAGGCAGCAUGGUUGUCACCUACACUAAGAUCACAGUUGUCUGUCUGACCUCCAAGAACAAGACGUUGAACAGUAAAGCCUUGAAGACCUGCAGCACUCAUCUGCUUGUUUAUCUGAUCAUGUUUUUCAGUGGAAUCAUCAUCAUUAUUCUGCAUCGCUACCCUCAGUACUCAGAAGAGAAGAAAAUUGCUGCUGUCCUGUAUCACAUCAUUCCUGGCGCUCUCAAUCCCAUCAUUUAUGGCAUGCAGUCCAAAGAGAUACGGAAAUAUUUUUCUAGGAUGUUUUAUUCCAAUAAAGUUUUGAUGUCAUCUUAAAGACAUCUUGGAUGGUAUGAAAGCACUUUCC